AUGGAGAGAUACUCCCAAUUUCGAGAUCGAGGGUCUGGUAUUGCGCCCUUCCUCCCAAUUCCUGGCGAUUCUCUGGGUCUUCAAGCGCCCCUGCGCGUUUUUUUGUUCUGCUUCCGCCUUCCGUUAUUCAUCUUUGUGACUCUAAGCUAUUUCCUGAUCUUACAAUGGCUUCCGAUCGGCUCGUUGGGCAAGAAGGCCGCCUUGUGGUGUAUACUUGGAGUUCCCAGCAUCUGGUGGGUUGAUUUGCAAGUGGACGGAGUGCGCAAAGGAUCAUUAAAGCAGCAGCAAGCUCGCUUGCCGCAACCCGGCUCCGUUAUCGCCUCGUCUUUCACAUCUCCCAUUGACGCGAUAUAUCUGGCAGCCAUCUUCGACCCGAUCUUCACAGCUUCUUACCCCAACACCCGCCAAGUGGAGCGCAUUUCUCUUCUACGGGCCGUUUUGCGAGCUUUUGCUACUCCAUCGACCGAGCCUGGUCCCGGUGCGCGAAUGGUGGAUGUUGCAACACUCGUUGAGAAACACCCGAACCGUCCCAUUGUUUUGUUCCCAGAAUGUACCACCACAAACGGUCGGGGAAUUUUGGCUCUCGGUAACUCGCUAUUGAGUGUCUCGCCCCAGACCAAGAUCUUCCCCGUCAGCCUGCGCUAUACGCCCAUGGACAUUGUGACUCCUCUGCCCGGCAGUUACUUCAGCUUGCUGUGGACCCUACUCAGCAAGCCGACACAUUGUAUCAAAGUGCGCAUCGCCGAGAGUGUCACCGCUAGUCAAAAUGCAGCGGAUGUGCCACCUGCGCGGUCGACUCGGAAGUCGACAUACAACACGAAUUAUUUGGACACCCUGGACCAAAGCGACACAGAGCACAGUUCAGCCAGUGAAUUGGCGCUGCUCGGCAAUGUGGCAGACUCCCUUGCCCGCCUGGGUCGUGUGAAGCGUGUUGGACUGGGUGUCAAAGACAAGAAGGAGUUUGUCCGGGCUUGGAGCCAGAGUCGCUCCACUUGGUGA